UUAUUUGUCGUCCUUUUUUCCAACCUCCCGCCCACCCUGGCGAUGUGGUGUGGCACCUCACGUUCUGUGUGAGGUUGGCCCCAUCACAUUGGCCGAGGAUCACACGUGUUAAGUGUCAUCGUCCGGCCCACGACCCAACGCCGGGGAGGAAGGGAGCCGG